UCAACUUCAGAGGGUAUCAAGAGGUCGCUGAGGAGUGUGGGACGGUGGCGGUCUGUGUUAAUGUCUGCCUAAUCAUUGUAAGGUGCGUGUCCCCUGUGUCCGUCGCCCGUUUAGGAAUGCACCUUCUGACAUAUCUGCUCGUGUAAAACGCGAGGAAGAUAACGUUACUUCAGUAGCGAAAUCGCUAUUUUCAGCGCUUGCGCUGUUAUUUUCGUCCGUCGGUUCACAAACGUUGGAGCUUGCGCCGUAAUUGUCGAUGCAUUGGUAGCUAGCCAGCUUGCUAGCAGGAGAACUAGCCCAUUCGGUGGCUAGCCAGCCAUCUCGAACUCUGAGCUGACGCUACCUUACGUCUAGUAGGUUAACAGGUUUUUCAACCGGACCGUUUAGACACUUAAGGCUACUGUGCAUAUCCUGGUGUAUUAGCGAACUACUCGAUCAGCUAAAAGGGUGACUCGUGGGGGGCAGGGAGAGAACGACGGAGGCGCAGUGAGCCAGGAGCGGCCGAUGAGUUCAGACCAGGGCGGAGAGCCGCAGCUGCAGGAGGAGGCUGAGCCGGGACCCAAAACCCGUGGGGAGGACGAGAUCACACCCGGGACCGGGGGAGACUCAGGCGUCAUGGUCACUGCUAAAGGAGCUGGUCUAAACCCUAAUGCCAAGGUGUGGCAGGAGAUCCCUGCAACACAAACUGAGGCUCCUGUGGAUGACACUGAGGCAACCCCCUGGUCCCAGAACAAUAUGGCCGAAGGUAAACAAUACAUGCCUGGUUUUACCACCUCAGAGGACAACAGCACUUCUAGCACUGUAGUGGGUUUGGUGAACGGUAUGGACCCACCUGACCAAAGCUUCCCGGUUUGUGAGCAGACUACAGCAACCAGUGUUGAGUCCAAACUCCCCGAGGAACAGCCUCUCUCUGAGGAGUCUUUGCGCGAGUCUCUCAAAAAAGAACUGGAGUUUUGUUUCUCCAGGGAGAACUUAUCUAAGGAUCUUUAUCUAAUAUCUCAAAUGGACAGCGACCAGUUUGUCCCCAUUUGGACUAUUGCCAGCAUGGAAGGAAUCAAAGUCCUCACAACUGACAUGGACCUCAUCUUGGAUGUACUGCGAUCGUCUCCUAUGGUCCAAGUUGACGAGAAGGGCGAAAAAGUGCGGCCAAAUCACAAGCGUUGCAUCAUCAUCCUGCGAGAAGUCCCGGAAACAACACCUGUUGAGGAAGUGGAAGCCUUGUUUAAGAAUGACAACUGUCCUAAAGUAAUAAGUGUGGAAUUUGCACAUAACAACAACUGGUACAUUACAUUCCAAUCAGACACGGAUGCUCAGCAGGCAUACAGAUAUUUACGGGAAGAAGUAAAGAUAUUUCAGGGAAAACCAAUCAUGGCCAGAAUAAAAGCCAUCAACACAUUCUUUGCUAAGAAUGGUUACCGCAGCCUGGACUGCAGUGUGUACCCUCAGCAAUCUCCCACACAGUCCCAAUACAGCUCUCCUCUCUUUAUGCAACCUGUUUACAGCCCCCAGCAGCAGUACCCACUGUAUGGCAUCGUACCUCCUACCUGGACGCCAUCUCCUACUCCGUACUUUGAGACUCCUCUGGCACCUUUUCCCAACAGUGGCUUCGUCAAUGGCUUUAGCUCACCUGGACACUACAAAACUGGCUCAAAUUCUCUCAACCUUAGCCGUCCCUUCAGCAGGAACCGUGUACCACUCUAUUCAAGAAAGAAUGUAAUAAAUGCCUUCAGGAACCACGUAAAGCCUCAGACGAGGGCUAAUGAUGGACUGUCUUCCUCUGUGUCCCCGGUGGCUCUUGUGGACGGACUGUCUGGCCUGCACAGUCCACAGCUUUCCAACAGCAGUGGGCCGGUGCUACAAUCCACUGAGCUUAACUCCUCUUUCCCACAACUCUCUUCCAACGAGCCAAUGGAUGACAUUACCUUGGGACGUGGCAGGAGAACAACGUACAGAGGCACUCGAAGGCGGCGAGAGGAUGAUCGUACAACAAGACCAGUUCCUCUGUCUCAAGUAAAGGUCCCGCCCCCCAAGUUUGACCUGGCUGCCUCCAACUUCCCUCCACUGCCAGGCUGCUCUGCCAGCCCGCAGGGGGAGCCUGUAUUGGAGAACCGCCUCUCUGAUGUUGUAAGAGGCCUGAAUAGGGACAAGCAACAGGAUUCAAACAAAGAGUCCACUGUGAGUCCCACAGGCCUAGCCACAGAAGAAACUGUCUCUAGGUCCACCCAGCCUGUGGUCAAGACGACUGCACACAUCCCUGACCCCAUGACCUCCAACUCGAACCACCUGGAAAAGAAACUGGAGAAGACGGAUCCUCCUGUCAAUAAAGAGGUGCCUGUCACUCCUUCUCCUGUCACAACGAUGACACCCACCCCCUCCCAAACAUCACCUGGCCCGAAGCUUCAGCCCAGCUCAGCCACUCCUACAGCCACCCAAUCUAACACUGCCCCCUCCAGUACCCCAGCACUGGAACCUCGCAAGCUCAGUUACGCUGAAGUAUGUCAGCGACCACCUAAGGAUCCCCCUCCUCCAGCAGUCACUACCAGCCCCAACAAUGCAACCGCACAUCCUCUUAGGGAGCUGCGUGUCAACAAGGUGGAUGAGCAGCCCUCCAGCCCUGCAACUAAACAGGAACGGCCUCAGGAAACAGGGGGCAACUGCAAGGCUAAGGAGGGCCGGCCGGCCCGUGACCCCCAGGGCUUUUCUCGCAGCAACGGACCCCCCAGAGCCAACACGGGGGGAUUCAAGCUACGAGAGCAGCAGAGACGCCCUCCAUUCGGCCACCGCAGUUCCCCACAGGGAGGUUCCAGACACACUGGAAAAGAGCAGAACAUCCCACCCAUAUCGCCAAAGUAAAGACUAUGAAAAGAAAUCCUUAAUGUAUGAAUAUUUACACACCUAAAAUAUAUAUGUAAAUAUAUAUAUAUAUAUAUAUAUAUAUAUAUAUAUAAAGAGAUGAAAUAUGAUAUAUAAAUCAAUUUAAAAUGGUAUUCACCUCUCCUGCCUGGAGCACUUCCAGAGGAAAAGUCUCAUGAAGUGACAAUGCACAGACUGGGGUAUCCAGGCAAACGGGCAUCAGAAAUCGGAAGCAGUACAUGCUUGCUGAAAGACGCCAUCAAAUAGGAAAAUAAACAUUUUACGCUUCUAACUUGACAAUGUCCCUUCAGAAUGUAAAUCCACGGUUUUUGUUUUUCUUGAAAGGAGGAUCGUCUCUCAGCUCCUUUGGGGGAGGUAAAAAAGUGGGCGGUCUAAUGACCCCGUUGAUGAGAUUGAUUGGUUGUCUGCAAAGAGCAUAUGCACUAAGAAAUGGAACAUGCAUAAAAUAUAUGUCAUGUACCUAUACAAAGAUAUCACUUUGACAUGCAACGAUUCAUCCUUUUUUGUUGUUUUGGUUGCUUCGGUUGCAAUCGCAGGACGCUGGGGUGGUUUGACGGUGUAAAUGAAUCCUUGUUUGGAAGAAUGUGGUUUGCCAUAGAGUUGAUUUAGUUUUGGGAAAUAGAUCCCAAAUAGAAUGUGAUGCGUGCUUGAGUGGAUAGUUUUGCAAGUAGCUUUAAGGGGUGACAGUGAGGUUUGGCGUUUUGCAUUAGUUUGCGUGACAUACUGUAGCUCGUGGUAAUUCUAUAUGCUGUCGGAGCACUCUAAUAAAAAAAUAAAGAGCAUUACACGCAGGAUAAAGAUCAGCUUAGGAACCUUUUUAAUGAUUCUAAUAUAAAGCCUGCUGUCACUUCAUAAAGUUAAAGCGUGCCAGUUAUGAUCCUUGCUUGUCACUGAUUUGCUGAUGGGUGAAUUUUUUUUAUAGUUUAGAGUAACCAACAGCCUGUGAAUGAGAACUUUUAACAGUCAGGUACAUAGGCACUCAGAUUCUUUGUCAUCUCAGAUUUGUCUGUUUAUUUUUUGUAUAUUGUCCUCCCUGAACUGCUUUUGAGCAUGCUCAAAUAUCCUGAGAAUCAGGCCGUUUACUACGUUUACAGCAUGGUGAUGGUUUGGGCUGAUGCAAGGCUUGUGCUUUCUUUUGGUGAGUUUUCUUUAUAAUUAGUCAGUUUAAGACUGUUUAUGGAUGGGGAGCACUGGAUAGAUUGGGUCAAGGAAGGUUAAAGCUUAGCUUGUUCAGUUCUAUUUGUUAUUGAUGACCCUAAAACUGUUGGAAUGACAAAAUAUGGUUACCACUGUUGUAUCAGAACUUGCUGUAUUUGUUUCUAAACUAGGGCUUAUUCAGCGCAUCCGUUUUGUUGGGACUUUGGUCAUUUAGAAAUAAGAAUCUGCAGUAGUGGUCUGUGUUAAUUUUAAAGGUGAUUCAUGAUGUUUUGGUCAUGCUCAUAUUUAUGGCUCAGAGUGGAUUCUCUGGCUGAGGAUGACAAAUUUCAUUUCACUUUCCAUUCCCUUUAGUUACAGCACCGUCACACUUUUAUAUGAACUUGCAAUUUGGCAACGCUUUAAUAAUGUACAUACCAGGCACAGUCAUUUCAUGCCAUUUUGUAGUUAUAGGUGACGAGGUUCGUAGGAGAAUUGAAUGUGUCCCCUGAAUGUGUCCUCGUGAAUUGUAAUACAAUUUCCUUAUUUAAGAUAUUACGUUUCUUCCCUAAAGAGUGUUUUGACUGUAGGAUAAAUCUGGGGGAAAGUCCUCUUGUAAUGAUUUGAACAAGGUUUCUUAUAGGUCUGCCAUGGUAACGCGAGUGGCUUUAUUGCUUUGCUGAAGCCAGCGUAUUGAUUCUGAUAGGAUGGCAUGGGUUUGGCUAAUUAGAAAUUGACAGUUGCUUUGAUAGAUGGUACCUGACAGUGACUGAGCAAUGCGAAAACCAUUAUCUGGAGGAAUGCGAACGCGUUCACUACAAAAGAAUGUGCUGUGAUGAAUUGGUGCUGUUAUUUGAACGUUUAAUCAGGAGGAUACAGUAUUGCUGAUAAAUUCUUUGUAAGUAUUGCUUUUAAAAAUGGAUUUUAAUUUAUUUUAAUUCUGCUGUCCAUCCCCUACACGACCAAUGUCCUUGUAAUUGUUAUCAUGACCAUGUACAAUUAGACGUUGGGAGAAAAAUCACCGAUUUCAGCCGAGAAAAUACUUGAUGCAUUUACUAGGAGCUUAGUAAUGCGGUAAAUAACAAAUCACUGGGGCUUUUUUGUUUGUUUUCAUUAAUGAAUAUGAGCAGCUAGUGGUUUAGCAUAAUGAAAUGCACUAACUUGUUAAAAAAAAAAACUUAUUGUUAUGUAAUGUGAAAUUAUACUAGGAGCAUAAGGUAAUGAUAUUGUUGUCUACAGGCUUGCAAAAAUUUGCAGAAAAUAGCAAAUUUCACUUUAAUGUUUGGGUUAUUACUGUUAAUUGAUUUAGGGGUUGGUGUGGCAAAGGGAAUUAUUAUAUAACAAUGGAUUGAAGUGUAUGAGACACUAAAUUCUAGCUGUCUGCAUAAAUUGUCACAAAAAGAAAAUAAAUUAUUUUGUUUUGGCCUUACA